GUCAUGUGACGAAAAAGAUGUCAACAACCGGGUAGACGUUUGCUGUUCCUCUCUCACACACACACACACACACACACACACAACAAUGGACCCGCUUUAGCACUUCCUCCUCGAAGAAAACACUUUAUGUCAGAGGGUCUACUUUUCGUCCGCCACUGCGCAGGAUGGCAGCUCCUCACGGCGGCCAGUCCUCCCUCGUGCACGGCUUGGCCACACUGCUCAGAAACGACGGCGACUUGGUGCUGGACGGCACCAGCACGCUGACCUUGCCGGCGGCCAUCUUGCAGCAGCUCACCCGGCUGUUUGAACAGUACUUGCUGUCCAGGAGCCGGCAGCACGGCUUCCUCGCGUUGCCCUCCCACCCUGCCGACACCGCUUCCCUGCUACAGCUGCAGUUCCUGUUUGACGUCCUGCAGAAGACCAUCUCCCUCAAGCUCACCAACCCGCCAGAGACGAGACUUCACUCCGUGGUGAAAAUCUUCCCGUUCAAGACUUUAAAAUAUUUGGAGCUGAAGCGAGUCCCUCCACACUGUCUCGAAGGACUCCGAGGAGUUUACUCCCAGCUGGAGGUCUUCACAUGUUCAAAGAGCCUCAACUCCCUGGAGGAGCUACUUUCUCUGUGCGGAGGUGACCUGAGCUCCGCGCUGCCUUGGCUGGAACUGCACACGCUCAACUUCAGCUACAACUCCAUUGUUUGCCUCGACCAAUCACUGAGUUUACUGAACGUCCUGAGGUCCCUCGAUUUAAGCCACAACAAGAUUCAGGAGUGCGCUGAAUUUCUCAAGCCCUUGAGUGAGCUGGAACACUUGAACCUGGCCUACAACUGCCUGCAGAGGGCGCCGGCGCUGGGCCCGAGUGCCAGGAACAAACUCCUCUCGCUCAUCCUCAGGAACAACGAACUGGAGACCAUUAACGGUGUGGAGCAGUUGUCCUCGCUCCAGCACUUGGACCUGGCCUACAACCUGCUGUUGGAGCACUCCCAGCUGGCUCCCCUCUCCAUGCUGCACUGCCUCAACACACUUAACCUGGAGGGCAACCCGCUGUACUUCCAGAAGACCCACCGAACCGGCACCGUCCGACACCUCUCCCCGAAGGCAGCGAACCUCCGACUCAAACUUGACGGUUCCUCGCUGUCCUCGUAUGAGUUAUCAGUUCUGCCCAAACCAGGCCGGCUGGUCGUCCAGCUGCAGCCCGAACCUCCGGUCGCCAUGCCGACGGAACGGAGUAACCAGGAAGUGUCGAGCGGCGCCGGGGAGCUGAGUGACAGCGUGUCAGUCGGAGAAGUCUCACGCAUUCGGAAGAAGAAAUCCAAGGGUAAGGUGAGAGUGCGGAGGGCCAGCAUAUCCGAGCCCAGUGACACAGACUACGAGCCCAGGCUGCGGUCCUCCUCACAGAGCAUUGUCCUCCCCCACCAGAAGGAGAUUGAGCGCAUGUCCAGCUUCAGAGACCAGCUGGGAGAGGAUUGGCUGAGGUACCAACAUCAUCUCGAUGGCUCUUCCCCCUCCAUCAUCGUCACGAACCAGCCCCCUCUUCAAGCUCAACCCCUCCACAACGGCUUCGACGCCACCGCACGUCUGUCCACCAGCCCCGGGCGUCAGCCGUCUCCGCCGCCCCCGGGUGUCCCGGAGGUCCCGGAGGUCCCGGAGGUCCCGGAGGUCCUCCCUCCGCCGCCGCCGCUCUCAUCUGAGCCCAGAUGGGAGACGUUGGCGGAUGCGGACCAGGAGACGGAGUCUACGCCGCCCGGGCAGAGCUCACGGUCCACCAUGGAGGACGGCCUGGUGGCGAGCCAGGGAGUGGUGAGCUCACCCGGGCCCAGUCCAGAGUCCCAAAGGUCGGCUGGAGGAGAGAGCAGAGACACCAAGGAGGAAGAGGAAGACGAGGAGGAGGAGGAUCUCGGCGUGGACCUGUGUCACCCGCUGCUUGUGGGUGUCUUAUCUGACAAAGAGGAAGAAGAUGUGGAGGGACCGGGCGAGAGGAGUGAGGUGUUCCUGCGCAUCAAACCGGGCCUGGUGCUGGAGGUGGACAUGCAGCGCGGCCGGGAGAGAUGCCGCCUGGAGCUCGGCAGCCUGGCUCGGGUGGAGAGCACGGAGGCGGCCUGGACCCGAGGGGAGAGGGAGGAGAUGCUUCCAGCUGUGGAGCUCCAGUUCGACUACAUCAGCAGGGAGAAGAGGAGGAGGCUCUACGUCCUGCUUGACGACGACCCGCAACAGGCACUGCAGGCUCUGACCGACGUGUUGACUCACGUGGCGGAGGAAAACCAGCGGCGCGACGCUGAGCUCCGCCCCCGCUGCGUUCGCCUGCAGUGCCUUCGCUGCAGGUCAGAGUUCACGCUGAAGGGAGGCGGCCGCGAGGAGGAGGGGGAGGAGGAGGAGGAGGAGGAGGAGGAGGAGGGGGCUGCCUGGCGACCAGAAGGUGUGGGAGAACGGGGUGAGGAGGAGCUGACGGGGUAUCACGUCGACACCAAAGGAGACAGUCACAUUUGUCCAGAAUGUGGUAGCGAUCACGUGGUCCAGCUGGCCGGCCAUCCGACUCCCUACUCCAGUACGCCCAUCCAGGACUCGCCCGCGCUGGAGAGCGACCGUCUCGACGGGAACCCGAGCCCUCGCCAUGCCAACGAGCACGGCCAGAACUCAGGCGGCGGUAUUCGCAGCAGUCCUGUCCUCGAAGCAGAAGAGCCCACCUUCCUCACUGCUCGGGGAAGCUCCUUCUUCACCGGGGAUGACCGGGGCGACGCCUCCAGUCUCUCCCACGGCGCAGAGCACCACGGUAAAGAGGAGCUGGUUGGGAGCUACCGCUACACCGCUACGGGUACUCCACCGGAGGUCCGAGCCCCACCUGCAGGAAGGUCCGCCCCGAACGAUGAUUUGGACCUGCUGUCGGAGGACUACGAGGCGGUGGACCAUCGGCUGCAGCUCUUCCUGGAUGUGGAGGUCUUCGAGGAGGAGGAGGAGGAGCUUCACUCUUUCCUCAAGAUGUCGGCUGUCAAAUUUGGGGAGCCGGGGCAGGUCCCCUCUCUGUUGGUGGUGUCGAACCAGCGGAUCUAUUUCUUGGAAAUGACGUCAGAAAUCCACAGAGGCCAGCUCUCCGAUUGGCUGCAGACGCGGGACAGCCACCCAAUCAUGGAGCUCAGCUACCUGGAAGUGGGACUGGCCUCCCAGAGCAUCCACAUGGAGUUUGGGGGAGUGGCCUACACCCUCCUCGUGAGGGACAGUCUACGCUGCAAGCGCUUCUUUGGCUUCUUGACAGGGAUCGUGCGUGAGAUGGCCCACAAGUCCGACAGCAAGCUGAAGUCUAUCUCCACCACCAGGCUGAGCCCUCAGCACCAUCUCUGGCCCCUCGUGUGCGAAGACAUCCAGGCCGACGUGGAGGACGGCCAGCUGCAGUUCUUCUACAUUCUGGCUUUCGUUCUGCAAGAGGACGUCUGGAUGCCGCUGACGGUCCUGGCGACCCGGGAGACCCUGUACCUGCUGAGGGAGGACCACCAGUGGAGGAAGAGCUCCGGCGGCCCGACGGUGGAGGACAAGCCGGAGCCGAGCAGCGGCGGGGUGGACGUCUUAGAAACGCUCCCGAUCAGCUGCGUCAGCGCCGUCCACCUGUGGCCUUCAGACCAGUGCAGGAUGGACAUCAAGCUCUACGAUGAGACGGUGAAGCAGGAGAGGACGUGGUGCGUGCGCUCCGAGAGCGCCGAGCUGCUCCAGGGUCUGCUGGCCUGGGUCAGAGCCCAGUGGGAGGCGAUGUUCGGAGUGAAGCUGAACACAAAGCAGCACGAAGGAGGGAGGAGGGCAUGAGGACCACUCCCGUUACCAUCCCGCUGUUCUCCGGUUGAAACGGAGCGCGCCUUUCGUCCGUCCGUCCGUCCCCCCCCCCCCC